GUGAGACCAACGUGAGACGAAGCCUGCUCCCCCUUUUCACUGCUGAAGAACUCCAGAAAAGCUGCCUGUUCUUUCCAACCCGAUGGCGGCAUCUGUGAACGACGGAGUAGUAGGUGCAGGAAGCGACAGUCAGCCACGCAAGCGUGUGGAAAGGAAGCGUGUGCCGGGCACUUUGCGGCGUUUUAUUCUUCGAUCUGUGUUUGCGUGCAGCCUUUGGUGCGGGUGGAGGGCUCGACGACGACGCACCACAGCCCCACCGGAUGGGCUGCCAGGAGGAGCUUCAAGAGGAAGCAGCCCCUGAUGCAGCCACAGGUGCGUUGAGUGAGUGCAGACUUCACAGCAUGGAGGUUGUGAUAGGAUUGGUGCUCUCAAUGGCUCACUGCAGGCCUCGAGGUGGUGUUCCUGGUGCGCAGAGUGGAACCCAAGGUGGCCCAGGUCCGCAGGAUCUCUGGCGACGGCCAACCUUUGACCAUCCGUGGCGUUCCUGACCCCUUCGACCACCGCUUCCGCACAGAAGGGCGCACCAUCUGCUGGGCGGUGGCGGUGGCUGUCGUGGCCCUUUUGUGGCCUUCCUGGCUGUGCCCCUCCCAGCUCUCGUCCCUCCCUGCCUGCGUUGGGUGGUUGGUCAGGGGGGUCCUGGUUCUUGUCGGCGCCUUCAAUCUCGCAUAUGCGGGCAAUGCAGCGAAGAAACUUCUGGCGGCAACGAGUUGGUACCUGGCCACAGGCCACAAAGAGGACAUUGUGGUGCCCAGGACUGUUUUCCACGUCGCCAUAGUCGCCGUGUAUGCCGUCGACAAGUGGCUAUAUGCGUGGGAGGCUAUCCUUCGUUCCUGGCGCCCAUUGGUGUCGCGGGCUGGGCGGUGGCUGGCUGCUGGGUUGUUGGUCGUGCUGCUGGUUGUCGCCGUCGCUGCCGUCAUAGUACUGGGACGACAAGCUAUGCCCACAUCUACGCCCGUAUCCCUGUCGGCCAAUGAGUCCAGUACCAUCCCCUCGCCGGCACCGCCACCCCUCCACGUGCCCCUCAGUGCCACCACUACCAAGGCCCACCACAGUGACGAAGCAGCGACCGAACCACCCGAACAAGAAUCAACACCCGGGGACGUCCCGGCUGCAUCGCAGCCCCCCGCCACUCCCCAGUCCAAGCCGCAGGCUGACAAAGCUAGCGCCUUGUCCUAUUCAUGGAAAUGGUGCAAGGUGUUAUUUUGGAGCACUCUCGUCGUGGUGGCUCUGGUUUGUGGCUUGGAGAAGUACGGCUGGCGUCCGCCCGUCGUGAUGAGAUCUAUUCUGCCAUUGUUUGUUUCGUCUGGGUGGGCGUUACGGCCGUUGUUUCCGUCUUGGUGUUUGGGACGCCGACGCAGGAGAGUGUACUCCCCCACAGACCACACAGUCCCCCCACCCAAGCAGCAACUGAGUGGGUCGCCUGGUUCACGGCAACUGGUGCUGUCGUCGGGUUGGGCCUGGUCGUCCUCGGGACUCUCAUACUGGCGCUGCGUUCUGGGCUGCGUGCGUGCGGCUGGCUCCCUGCAUUUGACGCAUAUGUGA